CGGGGCCUCCCCGCCGCCAUGGCGCCCGGCGGCGCCGCACAGAGACCCGCGGGCGGCACCGCGCACGCGGCGGCUGAGCGCGCCGCGCCCGCGGCGGCGGAGGGCGCCGCAUCCCGCCGAAGCCAGUGGCGUGGCGGAGGCUCCGGCGUGGCAACUGCACUGCGCGAGCCAGCCAGCCGCGGCCGCCGGGAGGUUGCCGGCGCUGGUGCGGCUGGAGGUGCUCGCCAGUUCCGGUCGCGUCGGCGAUGCUGGCCGCGGCGCGGGCUGCAGCAGCGAUCCCGCGGCUGCAGCGAAGGCGAGCGAGAUCUUGGCCAUCACAGGCGCAGUGGCGGCGCGCAUCCCGUACGUGGUCUCCGCCCUCUCGGCGGCGUGGCGGCGCCCGGGCGGCGACGGCGGUGGGGCCGCGUGCGGCUUGCAGGCGGAGGCAGAGGCAGUGCACGGGGCCCCCUGCGAGACGGCCACGGUUCAGGUCUUCAUGCCAGAGGGCUGCCCCACCUCUGCGCUGCGCGCGCUCCUGGCGCGCAUGGCGGCGGCCAUGGACGACGCCCAGGCCUCGGAGGUGGGCCUCGUCGUGCGGUGGCGGCCGGUGGACGUCGUGAGCGCGCUGCAGCUGGUGCAGGUGGCCUCGAUGCUGCAGAUCGAGGAUCGCUCCUGCCCGAGCUCGCCAGCCUGCUGCGGGAGGCGGUGGCCGCGUCCGGCCCCGCGUCCGGAGACGCCUCCACUGUGCUGGAGGAGGCCCGCCAGCGCCUGGAGCUGCCGCCGGAGAUCUGGGAGGCGGCCCUCGCGGCGCGGCCGGUGCUGCCGGAGCCGCAGGGGCUGCCGGACGAGGCCCAGGUGCGGGGCAUGAUCGCUAGCGCACUGCUGACCGCCGACGGCAAGGUCUGGCGCGUCGUCCAGAAGGCCAUCGACAUGCGCGAGGCGUGGCCGCGGUUGGCUGAGGACCCCCGAGAACGCGGCUGCCCUGCUGGCCUUCGCCACCGGCGCCCACGGCAGUAUCCGCGCCACGCCACACACGGGCUUCUUCUGGGGCAGCCGCGACUUCCUGUACCUGGUCUGCCGCUACGUCCGCCGCAGGCCAGAGCACUUCGACGCCAUGGUCUCCGCUAUGCUCGACUCCGUGUACAGUAUGGAGAUCGCGAGCUGCCCGCGGAGAUCAUCGACGCUGUUUUCAAGGAGCUGCUGGUGCACGAGGGGUUCUGCGGCCGCGCUUACCUUGGGAGAGUCGGGCGACGAGGUCUGCACAUGUACACACUGACCCCGGCCAGGGCCCAGGACAAGCAGCAGUUUCCGCAACCUCAAGCUGGCUUCCUGGGUCGGCGCCGGGGCCUCCAAGGGCGGCGUCUCCGGCGCCGCUCCUGGCGCGUUCCGCGGGCUGGGGACGGGGGGAUCCUGCGCGGGUUCAAG